AUGUCGAGUGAAGCAUCUGGGCGGGAAGGCUUCAUUCGUUUCCACGAUCGAUGGUCAAAGGCGGCCGAAGCCAUCAAUGGGAGCGAAAACCAUUCCGCUAUGGUGAAAGAACAGAUUAAGAGAAUUGACAAUGAUCUCAAAGAUAUACAGAGAUCACUCGAGUUAGUUAACAAAUGGGGAAAUUCUGUGGACGAAGUGUUCAAAUCUCUCAACAACACAAUAGGCAACUUCAUCGACCGUCUUCAAGAAGAAACGCUGCUCAUUUCCGCCGGCAGUAUCGCCGAGUCCCAGAACAAUCCCGUCACCAAACAAAUCAAAAGCAUCGCUCGGGAGGUUGGAAAAAUCAAGUUUGGUGGGCAGCCCUUACAGAGGCUGCCCACUCUAUCUCGUCCUGAAAUCGACGAGAAAACAGAUCGAACCAACAAGUGGCAAAGGCUCGAGAAAGAGGAGAUAAUGAAACAUCCAGCUGUUUCUGAUGCUCGGGCCAUAUAUGAACUUCUUGACCCGCAAUUGAAACUCUGUUUUCUUUGCUUGUCCAUAUUCCCCGAGAAUGAGAUCAUAGGGAAGAGAUCUUUGGUCUAUUGGUGGAUAGGAGAAGACUUCGUGGUGACUUCAGGUGGGCAAGAGGUUGAGGAGAUUGGCGAGGAAUAUUUCAUGAAGCUAUGCGAGAGCGGUCUGCUCGAACCCAUCUACGAUGGCCACAGUAGAUUUCCUCACAGCUGCAAGCUGCAUCCAUGGAUUCGGUGGAUGGCAAUUGACAUUGCCAAGGAAACCAUGUUCUUCGACUUCGACUCUGAUGGAAAACCGAGCUCGGGCUCUCCUUGCCAAUGCCCCCGACGCGCCUGUGUAGCGACGACCAAGGAGAGACGACCGGAGAAGGUUGAUCUCGGUCAGGAGGGAAGCGAACUCCGGUCACUGUUCAACAUAGACGUGCAUUUCCUGGAAUGUAAAGAAGAAGAUUUCAAGAAGCUGACCAACUUAACGACACUGCAACUGGGGCGGUGGAAAGACAAGCCCAAAUAUCAUAUUGAAGUGAUGAACACCAGCUUCUUGGAUCACUUGGGUCUUCUCAAAAACCUGAGAUUUCUCGGGCUACAAGGGAUUUCAAGAAUCACAAAGCUGCCGGACUCAAUCCAAGAGUUGACGGAAUUGAUGGUCUUGGAUCUCAGAGCAUGUCAUAAUCUGGAGGAACUGCCGGCGGGGAUCGCCUCCCUAAAGAAGCUGACCCACUUAGAUGUGUCGUACUGCUACCUACUGGAAUACAUGCCCAAAGGUCUCGGAUCCCUUUCAGAUCUUCAGUUCCUGGGUGGAUUUGUAGUGAGCAGUUUAAGAGGGAAAGAAGCCUGCAAACUCAGCGAUCUGUCGAGACUAGUGAAACUUCGGAAGCUUAGCCUAAGCUUGGCCGCAGAUACGACUUCAGAAGAACUGAAAGCUCUAGGAAAUAUUAAAGCCCUCAAAUCUCUCACAAUAACCUGGGGAGCAGCUUCCUCCCCGGCGGAAAAGAAUGGCAGACAAUACCAGAACCAGAAGUUUUCCAGGUCCACCAGAAUUCUGAAAAAAUUAGCAACACAACUAACAAGGAAGUCUACGACAUCCAAACAAUCUACAGCGAUAUCAUCAUUUGAGAUAUCCCUUCCUCCCAGUCUUACAAAGCUGGAUCUCCGAUGCUAUCCAAACAUUCAUGCACCAAAACUGCGUAGGGUCGAGGACGGAACGGCUUCGGAGGAUUGCUUGAAGAAACUCUACUUCAGGGGUGGGAGCUUGAGCAGCCUACACGGAAUAGAAGGUAAGGCGGUGUCCAAAGUGGAGGUAAUCCGUCUAAGAUUUCUACAGAAUUUCAGUAUGAUGAAGCCUGACCUGAAGAGAGAUUCCCUUCCACACCUGAAAUAUGUUGAGAUUUUCAACUGUCCUCACAUAGACGAAUCGUUUGCAGAAAAUGGAACCGGAGAUGGGAUUGGACUGGACCAAGCCAGCACAAGCAAUACUAAUGCAAAUUCUCAUUCUCCGAUUUUUUAUAAAAUCGUACCAUGUCCUAGAAAACAGUGA